CUCCUGGGCGGAGUAAUCGCGCGAUACGGCAAAUUUGUUGAAAGUCACGGAAUAUUGGACAAAAAUAAAUAAUCCUGUAGCAGGGUAAAAUAUACGCACGAAGCUUAUUAACCUGCCAUUUACAUAUACAGUUAAAAAUAUAUUUUCUUUUGCCUUCUGACUAGUUGUCUUUAGGACUGACAGAGUAGUACCAACCAGUUAGCUUAGGGAAUUCCGCUGAGAAAACAGGACAAGGGAAGAAGGCUGCUGGAUGGGGAACGUGGAGAAGGAACGGAACGGGAAGGGUGUGAAUGUGGAUUUCAAAGCUUAAAUGAAUACACCCGGGAAUAUAAAGAAGCGAGGAAAGUUAGCAUGCAUUGGACCUUCAACGUGAUUCCGCGCUGUUUAUUCCCGUCGCGGCUUUUCGUGCGUUGAUUUUUGGAAGGGGGCUGUAUGGAAUCCGCAUUAGCGCCUUAGCUAACUGGCUAACAUCAAAGGAAGUGAAGUUUUCCUCUUCUUUCCCCCCCUUUCUUGUUGCUUUUUUGCAUUUUUCCCUGUUCCGCUGGAUUAAUUUGCUUGGAAGUCCGGGUCGAGCAGGAGACAGGGGGAUAUGGUCCAGAUUAUACACGUACUGCGGGGCUGGGCUACAAGUAUCGCAAGUUUCGGGGUUUAGAGAGGAAGGUGUUUUUUUCUUCCUUUUCCUCCUUUUUUUGGAAAGCUGUGUUCCCUUUUCCACCCGCAGUACAGUAUUGGCAAAGUGGAGGCCCGUUUGACGUAAAAAAAGGACUUGAAACGAAUGGGACACACACAUACCGGGUGGGGGAUAAGGAGUUUUUUUAAUCACAGAAAGGAAUAAAACUUCGGGAUCGGGGUCCCCCCUCCCCCUUUUUGUUGUCUUUGUUGUCAUAGUUUGGGAAUUUUCUCAUGAGAAAGAACUGCCGGGAUAUGUGGCGAGCGGGGAAGCUGGAGUGGGACCUUUUCUGAUGGGAUAGCUACGAAACACUUGAUAGAUUUCGGGAGGAUUAAAAAAACCGUAAAAGGGGUCAAAUGGGAGUAUUAUGAAGACGCCUGUGAAUGAAAGAGGAGAAAAACAAGAUCCGUACCGAGAACUAAGGACGCAAAGAGGGUGAAAGACUGGGUGUUAUUUGGGCAGAAAACAAAUUAACAAUAGGUGCAGCUCGCUUAGCGAUACUGACAAAGGCUGCUGGCAGACAGCGCCAUGCGAGGCGUGCUGUCUGCGCCCGGAUCCCUGCAUUAACCCACCAGAAAGGGCGUCAGUGCCGCCGCUCGUCGGCUUGCCUCGCGCACGCUGCGCUCCAGCAAGAUACAAGUUACGCGUCGCACGCGACGACUAACGGUUAUUUUUGUCUAACAAAAAAUAAGUUUUUUUAAAAUAUCGUACAUCGAUUCUCCUUUUUUUCAGAUGUUUCGCCCGCCGUCUUUUCUUUUUCUCUGCGACAAGGGAAAUAAACAAGCACCCGGAGAAAACGCGCGACCGAGCACGAAGUUGGCUGCGUUGUGAACAGUCACUGAUCUGAGCGGAGAAUCUGGAUUGUCUGCCUUCGUUUCCUUACGGAUAUCAAGGACCUACUUUUCCUACAAAAAAACACACAUCGAGGGUUGUUUUUUUUCCUUAACAUUCUCGGUAAAAUGAUAAUUGGAUAAAGGCCGAAGGGAAAACUAGAAAGCCCAAUGAGCGGCACACAGUCUACAGUCACUGACAGGUAUCCUAAAAAAGCGACCAGGACAGGCAGCAUUCUCAGCAAGGACCACCCACCAGACAAGAAGCCCAAGAGCGACAAACCCAGCGUGCCCGCCUCGCAUGAAUUUGACCCCACAGAUCCGCCGUUGCGGAGGAGCGAGGGCGUUGUGUCUGAUCGGAGGCCGGAGUCCUGUGGGCUCGUCCAGCGAUGUGUGAUCAUUCAGAAAGAUGACAAUGGCUUCGGGCUGACUGUGAGCGGAGACAACCCCGUGUUCGUGCAGCUCGUCAAAGAAGAUGGCGCUGCAAUGCGUGCCGGGGUUCAGACGGGCGACCGGAUUAUUAAGGUGAACGGGACCUUGGUGACACAUUCAAACCACGUAGAAGUUGUGAAGUUGAUUCGAUCGGGCUCCUAUGUCGCUCUCACGGUGCUGGGCAGGCCCCCGGGGCUGCACCAGAUACCCCUGUCGGAGGGUGAUGUUGAUGCGGUGCUGCCUGAUCAGGAGCCCCCACCCGUCACCUCCCCCCAGUCCCCGGCAUUUGUGCAUGGCGAGCGUACCUGCAGCCCCUCCGACCGCCGAGACACCACCAUCACAGCCCCUGUGCCGCUCUGGGAGGAGAACAACAUUGUGCACAACCAGAAGGUGGACAUCCUGCAGAAGAUGCUGUCCAAGGAGCAGCAAGACCUGCAGGCCAUGGAGGAGGAGUAUAGCAGGAACCCCACGCGUAAACUACUGAAAGAGAUGCAGGAAGCCAAGAAGCACAUUCCUCAGCUGCAGGGCGAGCUCAGCAAGGCCACCGGGGGAGCACAGGAUGGCCUGCCCUCCCCACGGCCCGGGGACACCCUGCAGUGGAGCGAGACGGAUGAGGGAGCCCUGGGUGACACGGAUGCCGUCCUGUCCUCUCGGAGUGACUGCACCCUCGACGGCUCCUGGACCAGCAUCUCCGCACAGUCUGUCCCGCCCGGCCUUCCCUCAUCCUACCCCGACAGCCCAUGCCAAAGAGAAACACCGACUCACAGCCCAAAGAGUACCCCCAGGAGCAGCCUCAACUCAUGCACCUCCCCCGAGGCCGAGAAUGCACCAGACCUGGACGGACCAUGCCAGUCCCGCGUGGGAAGCCCUUCCUUACGGGCAGCGCCCCUCAUCAUCGGAGCUGAAGACGAGGAUUUCACCUCAGAGCAGGAGCCGAUGAACGGCCAGUGCAGCUGCUUCCAGAGCAUUGAGCUGCUCAAGUCGCGACCCGCCCACCUGGCAGCCUUCCUGCACCACGUGGUGUCCCAAUUCGACCCAGCGCCCUUGCUCUGCUACCUCUACGCCGAGCUGUACAAGCAGACGAACUCCAAAGAGACCCGUCGCGUGUUCCUCGACCUCUGCACUUCUUUCAUGGACCGGACAGCGAACCUUAAAGUAGCAGUACCUGAGUUCAUCGCCACUGACCUCGAGCGGCGGAGACCAGACAUGAUCCCAGAGGACCUCCACAGGCAGUACGUACAGUCACUCCAGGACUCCCUACUUGCCGACAUCCAGCGACACUUGGAGGACUUCCGGCAGAAACGCAACAUGGGCCUGACACUGGCCGAGGGGGAGCUGACCCGGCUGGACACGGAGCGCGUGAGGAGCCGGGUGGCGCUGGAGAGGGAGCGCUCCUGUGCAGAGCAAAUCAUCUCCAAGAUAGAGGAUGUGCUACUGACGUCACUCCCCACGGAAGAGGAGAAGUACAACACCAUGCAGUACGUGAUGCUGAGCUACAUGAAGCACCUGGGUGUGAGGGUGAAGGAGCCACGCAGCCUUGAGUCCAAGCGAACGCGCAUCAACUUCCUGCCCAGGAUUAAGGUGAAGAGCAUCAAGUUAGACAAGGAGGGAGACGAGAGGGUGAAGCCGCCGCGCUUUCCCAGCAUCCUCGUACCCCCCCGGAGGAUCAGCCGCACCAACGGCCCACCUAUCAUCCGGGUCAUGGAGCUGAACAAGCAGCGUCCCCAGAAGCAGCUGUCACAGCCGGGCUCCUGCCCUUUGGAGCAUCAGGAGGGGGGCCGCUCACGGGGGAGCCAGACCAGCGAGGGCUCGGACGCCACCCAUGUCCCCGUGACCACCACCUCGCCCCCAUACAGUGCACCUGGUGGCCCGGUGUCAGAGGGCAGCAACCGUGAUUGGGACUCUGGCUCGCUGCCAGCCUCGGCUCUCCCCCGGCCCUCCGAGGGCCCCCAGUCGAGCGACUCCACAGACAGCACUCCUCACACACCCAACACGCACUUCGACUUCAGCCCGUCCUGCCUGGAGCAGCUGCAGGAGGAGGAGCGAGAGAGCGACAGGGUCCUGGAGGGGGGAACGCCUAAAACAGCCCGAAGGGCGGACCCCUUGAGUUCGGCUGACGUGCACAGCGAGGAUGACCAGGGUAAUGAGAUCGAGUUUGAACAGGACCCCCCCAAUUGGCAGCAGCUGGUGAGCAGGGAGGUCCUGGCUGGACUCACUCCUCCCGAGAUCAAGAGGCAGGAGGUCAUCAAUGAGCUCUUCUACACGGAGCGUGCCCACCUGCGCAUGCUGAAGGUGCUAGAUAGCGUCUUCAACCAGAAGCUGACCAGGGAUGCCAUCUUGCCACCGGCAGAAAUCAAAAGCAUCUUCGCCAACCUGGAGGAGAUCAUACAGCUGCACGGCUCAAUAGCCGAGCAGAUGACCGCCAUCCGGAGGAAUAAUGAGACGACUGCGAUAGACCUCAUAGGCGACGACUUGCUCUCCUGGUUCGGUGGCGGCGAGGAGGAGAAGAUCAAGCGGGCCGUGGGAACUUUCUGCAGCAACCAGCCCUUUGCCCUGGAGCUCAUCAAGACGCGGCAGAAGAAGGACCAACGCUUCAACUCCUUCAUCUUGGAGGCGGAGAGCAACCGGCUUUGCCGCAGGCUCCAGCUGAAAGACAUCAUUCCUGUGGAAAUGCAGAGGCUUACCAAGUACCCUCUUUUGUUGGAGAACAUCGCCAAGUACACAGAGGACGCUGAGGAAAUGGAGAAGGUGAAAAGAGCAGGCGAGUGCUGCAGGCAGAUAUUGAACUACGUCAACCAGGCUGUGAAGGAGUCUGAAAAUAAGCAGAGGUUGGAGGACUACCAGAGGCGCUUGGAUCUGUCCUCACUGAAACAGAGCGAGAGCACACUCAUCGCCGAGUUUAAGAACCUCGACCUGACCAAGAGGAAGAUGGUGCACGAGGGACCCUUGUCCUGGAAGGUCAAAGACAAGACAAUCGAGCUCUACACGUUGCUGCUAGAGGACAUCUUGGUUCUGCUGCCGAAACAGGAUGAGAAGCUGAUCCUGAAGUCCCACAGCAAGAACCUGGCGGGAACCUCAGACACCAAGCGCAUCUUCAGCCCCGUCAUCAAACUGAACACUGUGUUGGUGCGCUCUGUGGCCACAGACAACAAGUCCUUCUUUGUGCUGUCCAUGUCCGAAAAUAGAGCCCAGAUCUAUGAGCUCAUGGCACAGACUGUGUCAGAGCAGCAAACGUGGCUGUGCCUGAUCACGCAGCAAGCAGAAUCCAUGAAAACAAAAUUACCCAGCGUCAUUACUUUACCUUCCGAUGGGGAUCGCGAGGCUGUCAAGAUGAUCAGUGCAGGUGGACAGAAGCUGAGCGAAGACCCCAACCGGAACUCAACUGGGAGCAUCCAGUCACCAGAAAAAGAUGUCAGCUCUGCAACCCCAGAGAUAAUGCAGACCCCGUCAGUCGGUUCCAACCCAUUCGAAGACAUCAGAACAGAUGAGGAGGAGGAAGAGGCUGAACAAGAUGGAGAGGAUGUGGCUUUUGUGGACCCAGAACUUGGCGAUAGGCUGCCCGCCGACUCGGAUGACGACGAUCCAUACCCCUUUGGAUACCGGGGCUCCACAGCCGAGGAGGCCUUGAAGACUCUGGAAGCUCUCAGGAAGAUUCUGCUGGAUCACAUGAUCGGUCAGGGUGUAGCUGAGGAGGGCAGACAGGCGUGGCGGGACCACAGGGGCCGUCUCCUGCGGACCACCUCCCUGCGUGGCCCCAUGGACAGCCCGAUUGCGCAGGUUUCGGCACCCCUCCUCUCCCCAGAGAAUGGCGCAGAAAAGGCAGAGGGCGAACGGGAGCUGACCUUGGGGGACACAGGGUUUUUCGAGACUUCCGACGAUUAUGCAGGUAGCUAUAUGGUCCUGGAGGGCUGCGGCGGCUCAGGAGAGAGCAGCACAGAUGACGAUGCCCAGGCGGGCGAGAGGGAUCCGGGGUCCCGCUGGGGCCCCGCCGGCGAUUCUGGAAUCGACCUGAAGAAGCUGCUGUCAUCAUCAUCCCUGUCGGGCGGCCAACCCAACUUCAGCCGGCAGGUCAUGACUCACCUGCGCCUCCUGCAGGCCAACCUCAACCAACUAAAGGAAGUGGAGGCCAAGUAUCGCAGACUGUGCCAAAAGCAGGCGGGAGCCGCUACCGACAUGUAUGAAAGUAAAGAUAGCUAAGAGCUAGCUGAUGGUCGGGCUUACCAGUCACUCAUCCACAUCUGGCCAGAAGAAGGGGACACACGGACUAAGGGAAGGGUCUGGGACUGUCCUCUCAACAUUGUUCUCUUCUGAAGCCCUGCUGUCAUUGAGAUUGGAGAAAGGUGGAGGGGCUAGCACAGCACGGCCCUCACCUUGAGCAUUUGUGUAAAGCCAAUCAGGGAAGACAUGCUCCGGCCCGGCCCUCAAAGACUGCUCCUCCAGCCUUCAAGUCCUCUGUUUCGCACAAUCUAACCAGGAGGAGAGAACUGUACCAAAAUGUAUAAAGCUUAGGAUGCAUUAAACACAAACCAGAAGAAAAACUAAGGAAUUUUGUAUGUAUUUUGCUUAAUUUUGUGUUCUUUCACCCCAAGAUGUAUUUAUUAUUUUUGUUGUUGCAGUUGUUGUUGUUUGUUGUUAGUUGUUGUUGUUGUUGUUUGCCGUCGUUGUCAGUGUUCUGGUUAGUGGUCCUCAUGUUGCUUGCAUGCUUUUUGGCCUGUGGAAUCCCCCCCGUCCCAUUUGGAGGCCCCGCCCCUCUCAUAACCACUCCCAACAGCUGCAAAACAGGCCAAACACACCAGGGGAGAGGAGGGAAGAGGUGGAGCUCAGGUGCUCAUUCUAACUAAGCCCACCUAUUCAUCCGGUUGUAAAUAUGUCUUCCGGUUCCCUUGAAAUGAGACGCGCCAUGCAGUAGCGGGAUCCGCUGAAAGCAUCUGAGAACGAUCUUUCCUUUGGGGCUUGGGUACUUAAGGAAAAAAGGCAGAAUGUUACCCAAGUGGAUCUAUUACAAAUUCUAACAUCAAUUUGCUGGAAGAAAAUGCUUAAAGCUGGAAGCCUCGAUUUGUGUGUUCAGCAUGGCAUGUUUUUUUCUUCUUUUGGUUUGGUUAAGAGGGCUUGAUGUUGUGUUCACCCAGCGUUGCAGAAGUGUAACCUCUAGUAGUGGGAGGGGAGGCUGAAAGUACCAGUCUACACCCUCUGUGACUGGCUUUAGAAACCUUGGCUGAUAUCCCCGCUCCCCCAGAAGCCUCAGCUAUUCACUGAAUCACAGAAAGUGCACAGAUCUGCCUGUGUUGGAUCCAGCCUGGUGGGCAAGUUAUGAAGAACUUUGGUCUGAUUCAAAUGGUCUGGAGGGUGGGAGGAAAGGGUCGAGACCCAUGUGCCAAGGAGGCCGCUGAGCUUAGAGCCUUGUUGAGGCGGACGUGGGAGUGAACACCAGGAAGUGUCUCAGGAAAAAAAUAAGUGCAUUGAUGACUACUUGUGAAAAGGAGUUUGGUUGCUAGUGAUUCCGUAGUGAUUCCCCUAGCCGGUCAGCCAUGUACAGUAUCAUUCCCUGUUGGAGUCAACGGCUUCACACCUAGAAUAUGCCCCUUCUAGAGGGAGUGAAAGGAAGGAGAGAUCCCACUAAUUGACAUGCAAGGAGUGUUGUCAUUCAAAGGCUGCUUUCAGGUAAAUAAGAUAUGUUUCUAUAUAGACCGUAUCAAUCAUACACCUCACCCAAGCUUCCAGCUGUUUGAUUGGCCUCGAUACUCUUUGAUUUGCCUGAGUGGCACUUUGAAUUUGAAGAAUUCACUCCUUGGAGUCAUGUGGCUUUACUAUAUAACCGAGUCAGAAGGAGACCGCUGGCUAUUAGUGUCAUUGGUCCUCUUCAUGAUGGUGUAGAAGUUGCUGUUUCUGCUGUUUGAGAUCAUCAGCCACUGAGGAAUCCUUCCCGGUCGCUCAACGUUCAUUUUGAUCACUGUGUGUUCUCUUAUUGUUGAGUUGUUUUUUUGUUGUUUUUUUCUGAUUACUGUAUAAUGUCCUUGGAAACCAGCUACUGAAGACCUUUCACUCACGACCUAGGCGAUGGGUGCGAGGCCGGGACUUGCAGAAAUCCCAGGGUUGGAUUAACGAGAGAGCAUGGCAUGCAGAACUCCGCUUCACUCCAUACAUCCGAAUUCAGCCAAGCUGCCUGACUCUUGCUUUCCAAGACACUGCUUGGACACUUAGGUUUUAAAGAAAUAUAAAGUUAAAAAAAAAAGCUAAACAUAAUGCAUAAGCCUAAAAAAAGGAACUGUAUUGAUUAUUGUUAAUGUAAAAAGUGUAGAAUUACUGCAUCUCUUAGAUACAUCUUUGUAUUCCUUUUUUUUUUGCUUUCUACAUCAUACAAUCAUUUAUUUUAACAGAAGCUACUAGACAGACAAAAAAUAAAGACUGCAAAGUAUCCCUAAAAUAUUAAUGUAAUCUGUAUUUGUAUUGAUUAUUUUGUCUAGACAUUUGAGGUAUAUUUUUAUUAUAUUAUGGACAAUAUUAAUGAUCUUUGCUUUUCUGUUCAAAACAUGAAUAGCUCUUUUAGCUGACAGAUUCUAUUAAAUUUAAAACCUGAUAUACAGUGGAAAAAAAGAUGAAUUGUCUAUUUUUAUUUUGUUUUGCUUUUGGGAAACGUGGGGAAUAUAAUCAGGAUGUGAACUUGGCCAAAAUAAUUUAAAACAAGUAUAACUGUUUAAAUGUCAUUAAAUAAGUUUUGUGGAAACAAAA